AUGUUCAUGGGGCUCUUUUUUCUCCGCGUCAUUCUCAACCCAACAUCCUCCAGCUCUGUUUAUAAAUGUUUGGCGACGGAGAAGCGCCCCCCGUGGGUCUUUGUUUUGAGCCGAAAGGCUCAGUGGAAAUGCCUGGAUUUGCCGGCGGUCGUGUACUAAAGAUGGCCAGAAAUCGGAGGAAAAGCAUGGGAACAGUUGAACACAAAAAAAUAACCCAAAAUGUUUAUUUUUAAAAGUUUUUUUAUGCUCAAAAAAAUCAAUCUUUUUUUCGGUCUUACAAACAUUUCAUUGUGGUAAAGGCCAAUCUUUCAGCGUUCGAUUCAUUUUUUUGUGAAGGUUCCAGAACAAUUUCUGAAAGAAUCUGCUUAAGUUUAUAUUCUAAUUAAAUUAAUUAAGAAAGUUCUCGUGAAAUUGCGGAAAACGUGCAUUUUUUUGCGUGACGACUGUGGCGCGCACUUGAUGCAUGAUGUAAGAGCGAAAAUUUUCCAAACCUUUUUUUUCUUAAAAUUUCGUUUUUCAAGGUUUUUUUGACAGUUUUCGUUUCUCAAAAUGCUUUCAGAUUGUAUAGAUAGAUUAAUAAAGGCAGUUGAAAGGAAUUUGAAAAAAAAACAGCGAAAAUUGCGUAUAGAAAUGGUCUAGAUUAUUUUUGUGCGUGAAGUUAUCUUCAUCUUUCUGAUGUUUUGAGGUUUUUUGUUGGUAAAAAUUUUCGGAUGCGUUCACUUUACAUAUAGAAAAUAUUUUUAUUAUCCCAAAGCUUUAAUAAAUUUUUCAAAGAUAAUUUUUAUACUUCCAAGUUCGUUUCUUUUUUUAUUUUUUUGUCACGUAUCAAUAUUUUUCAUUUCUAAUUUCAGUUAAUCGGCAUGUUGAGGAAGAGUUUUUUUCGGCGUUUGUAUCUGGAAGUAAAGUUUUGACCAAAUCAUAUUUAAAAUCGUAAGUUUUUCUAUCAAAUUCGUUUAUUUUGGAAAUUUCAGACAAGUGAAUCGUUGUACUGCCAGUGCCCAUGGUUAUAGCACUUCACAAGAGGAAGAAUCUCAGUUUGAUAUUCGUAAAGAUGGAAAAAAAGAUUGAAAGGUUGCAAUUUAUUUAUAGAAUAAAUUUAUUCGUAUGUUCCAGGAUCUGAAUUUUCCGAGCUUGUAUUUUCGCAAAUAACCGGUGAAGAGAAAUCGCAAAUACCAAGAUCGGCUUUUGAAGUUCUUGCGAAGGAAUACGAUGAAGUUACGACGGAGGGAAAUGAUUUUAGGGUAAUUUUUGAAAGAAUUGAUUUCUGUUUUUAUUUCAAAUUUAUUUUGGAGCAAGUUUUUCAGUGAAGUUUUCCAAGUUAGCGAAUUUAUCUAUCUGAAAAUUGGGCUUUUGAACUGAUUAUUUUAUUUAGAAAAAUAAUUUUUGGUCUGCAAAUAUUCAGUGAACUCCUAGUGAAAAAAAUGCUGUUCAAAAAAAUACUUUUUUUCAAAAAAAUAUCAGUUUUUUUAAAUUUUUUUAAUGGAGUUAGCUUGGUUUACAGCACAUUUAUCGUGUGUUUGAUGAAAAAAAUAUUCAAUUUAAUUCUUUAUUUAUUUUUAAAAUUGAGCGUUUUAGGUAUCCUGUUUGCUUAUAUACCAUGUCUCACUAGGAAAUGUAUUUUACAAAUCAAAUUAAUCACUGGAAAAGCUUCUAAAGGCUCUUAAAAAACAGUCCAUUUUUGAACUUAAUUAUUUUUUGACUAUUUUUGACUCUAUGCCAAAUGGAGACUGUAUGAGUACUUUUUCGAAAAUUGAACCCAGGUUUUUCUUUUCAGGAAAAGUACCAAAGAUCCCUGGCCGAAACGGAAAACGUCAGGCGGCGGGGCAUAAAACAAACCGAAGACGCCAAAGUUUUUGCCAUCCAGGGAUUUUGCAAGGAUUUGUUAGAGGUCUCUAAAGAAAUAAACUGAAAAAAGAGAGACUUUUGAGGUGGCCGAUAUCCUGGAAAUGGCGGUGAACUCUGUGAAAGCCGAGGAGCUGGAGAAGGGCGGAAAAACGUUGAAAGAUCUUCACGACGGCGUCUCGAUGACCCGUACGGUUCUCCUGAAGACUUUCACGAAACACGGCCUCGUUCCGGUCAAUCCGGUCAAUGAAAAGUUCGACCCGAACCUUCAUGAGGCCGUUUUCCAGAUACCGCCCGCUAAUGUUCGUUUUUCAAAAACUAUUCUGAAUAUUUUUCAUGUAAAUUGCCAAACAAGCGUUUUUUUUUUGAUAGGAAAAGUCGGAAGGACCCUUUGAGCGACCGUUAUGGAUCAAAAAGUUUCCAUUAAUUGUUUCAAAACGGGUAGAAACGGUUUCCUUUUAACAGCUUUUUUCCGUCCUUUCAUCACCCUUUUUGGACCAUUUUGAGGAAUUUUUUCAAAUGGAGAAUAAUCUUUACAAGCGACUGUGUAUUAACAAAAAUUUGCUACAGUAAUAAAAUCGGAAUUCAUCAAUGGCCGAGACUUUCAGUACCCUUGUGAGGCUUGUUAGCCCUUCAAGAAAGAAAGGCUCAAUAAAGGCCGCGAAACAGUAGCUUCUUAGCGACCAUUUUGCACCUGUUUUCCGCACUUCCGACUUUGGCAGUGCUAAUUAAUAUACCGAAUUUUGAAAACUUUUCUUAAAAAAAGUUCCUUGAAAGUAGCAGUUUGGUUCAUAUAAACUUUAUAGCCAAUAAUUUUCAGAAAUUAGGGACCAAAAUUAUUUUUUUGGGCUCAUUGAAUGUAUUUAAAAAAGCUGCGAAGUGUGGAAAAGUCCUUGGGAAAAAAAAUAUGGAAAAAAAUGAUAGUUUGAAAAUUUUACUCCAGAAAGAAGUUUUUUUGUGGUUUACUCAAAAAUUUAAGAAAAAAAUUUCAAAAAAAUUAUUCUUUCAGUAAAAAAAAUUAUUGAUCUCAUAGUAGUAGGUCAAGUAUUUUUGAAAAUGCUUCUAGUUAUAAAAAAAUUCAUUGAUUUAUUCAAAAAAAUAUUUUACAGUGUAGACAGGAGUGUGUGAAACUUCUAUAGUGUUUUUUGUUUGGAGAAAAAAAUUCAAAAAUCGCUAGGAAAAAAGUUUGUUUCCGUUGAAAUUGGCGAAAAAAUAUUUUUCACAACUUUCGUGUUUUUAGGCUCAUGUAAAUAUUCAGAAUUGGAUGAUCAUUUUAAUACGAAUGAAAAAUGAGGCACUAGACCGCUUUAGAAAGUUUUUUAAAUGAAGCUGAUUAAUUCCAGGCCAAACAACAGCCGGGAUUUGUCGAAGUUGUGACGAAAAUCGGCUUCAAUCUGAAAGAUCGACCGAUUCGGCCAGCUCAAGUCGGUGUCGUCGCCCCCCAGUGA